GGAAGGUGGAGCAGUACUUGAAGGGCAGGGUGUGGCAUGGAGGGUGGGGUCAGGCCGCCACCCAAGGAAUAAAUACUGCAACAGCAACAUUUGCAGGGCUGCUGGAUAUUAGGAGACUACGAGAUCUUCACUAUGCGUGUGGUCACUGUGCCAUUCAUUCUGCUCUGCCUUGGAGUGGUAGGUGCCAGAUUUAUACCCAGUGCCCUCUGGCAGUUUCGGAACAUGAUUAUCUGUGUCCUGCCUAGUAGCUGGCCACUCUUCGAGUAUAACCGGUAUGGGUGCUACUGUGGAUAUGGAGGUUCUGGGACCCCUGUUGAUGACCUUGACAGGUGCUGUCAAGUCCAUGACCAUUGCUACAGUGAAGCGAUGCAACACAAGGACUGCUGGCCAAUUUUUGAUAACCCUUACACUGAGAUCUACUCAUACUCCUGCUCUGAGGGAGUCAUCACCUGUAAUGAUCGGAACAAUCCCUGUGAGGCGUUCAUCUGUGAGUGUGACCGUCAGGCAGCCAUGUGCUUUGCACGGUCUGACUACAACGAGGAAAAUCACAAAGUGCCCAGUGAUCGCUGUAAGGACUGACCUCUGGACUCCAUUGUAUUCCUAAAAUAAAACCAUUAGAUUGAAAAAAAA